CCAUCUUUUCCCAUAUAUAUAUAAGAACGACAAAAUGCAGAAGCAGCCAAUAAGUGUCCUCCCAUUUGUUUCCUGCAACAUCUUUUAACAACCGCGAUUCUAAGCCUGUCAAUAUGGCACAAAUGCUGAAUCAAGCCGUUACUGCCGUUACUGGCGAUGCUAAAUAUCGCCAAAUGGCCGAGAACACCAUCGAACAGACCAGCAAGACUCCAUUGACGACUUACUUUGGAGUGAAAGUCCCGGAAACUGAUGUUGCGUUGCGAGCUGGUGCCAGGGGACCCACUCUCCUUGAAGACUUCCAUAACCGAGAGAAGAUCCAACAUUUUGAUCAUGAACGCAUUCCCGAGCGAGUUGUGCACGCUCGUGGCUCUGCAGCUCAUGGAGAGUUCAAAUUGCAUACUCCUCUGACCGGCAUCACUACUGCAAAGGUUUUGACCGAUACCAGCAAGGUCGUCCCUGCAUAUGUCAGGUUCAGCACGGUCGUUGGUUCACGAGGCAGCGCUGACACCGUGAGGGAUGUCCGUGGCUUUGCCACUAGGUUUUAUACCGACGAAGGUAACUGGGAUCUCGUGGGCAACAACAUCCCAGUCUUCUUCAUCCAAGAUGCUAUCAAAUUCCCUGAUGUUAUUCACGCCCUUAAGCCCGAGCCUCACAAUGAGAUGCCUCAAGCCCAAACUGCACACGAUAACGCUUGGGACUUUAUCUCUCUUCAUCAGCAAGCUACUCACAUGCAGCAGUGGGUCACCUCCGACAGGGCUAUUCCUCGAUCCUAUCGUAUGAUGCAAGGUUUCGGUGUUCAUACCUUCAGACUUAUCAACGAGGAAGGCAAGAGCACAUUUGUCAAGUACCAUUGGAUUCCUCAUCUCGGCAUUCAUUCUCUAGUGUGGGAUGAGGCCCUCAAGAUUGCCGGACAGGACCCGGACUUCCAUCGAAGGGAUCUCUGGGACGCAAUCGAAGCCAAAGCAUACCCCAAGUGGGAAUUGGGCGUACAACUGAUCAAAGAGGAAGAUGAACACAAGUUUGACUUCGACAUUCUAGACUCAACCAAGAUAAUCCCUGAGGAACUCGUACCUGUUCAGAAGAUUGGGACUUUGACGCUCACUCGCAACCCUGUCGAUUUCUUUGCUGAAGUAGAGCAAGUGGCCUUCUGUACACAACACAUCGUUCCAGGCAUGGACUUUACCGACGAUCCUCUUCUUGCUGGCAGGAACUUCUCCUAUGCUGACACUCAAAUUUCACGUCUGGGCACCAACUGGCACGACCUCCCCAUCAAUAGACCUAUUUGCCCCGUCAUGACGAACUUCCGUGAUGGGCAAAUGAGUAUGUUCAGCAAGACCAACAGGACACCCUACCACCCCAACAGGCACGAUAGCCUUCCACUUACGUCUUCCAAUAAUGGUGGCUUCCAAAGCUAUCGUGAGAAGAUAUCCGGUGUUAAAGAGCGGCUCAAUGGGCCCAAGUUCCAGGAAUUCUACUCGCAAGCAACCCUUUUCUGGAACUCAAUGUCCGAGACGGAGAGGGAGCAUAUCAUUGCCGCGUACAACUUCGAGUUGUCACACUGCGCGGAAGACAUUGUCAUUCAAAACGUCAUCAAUAGCCUCAAUGAAAUCGACCACGGGCUUGCUACUUCGGUUCACGCUACCUUCCCUCACCUUACUUUGCCUGAGGCCAAACCCACCCACAAUAAGAAGUCUGAAUAUCUGUCGCAAAUCAAUGGCAAGCACCAAGUCUUCACGGCUUCUGGGAGAAGGAUUGGUAUUUACCUCGUGCCCGGGUACACCUACUCGCAAGUUGUACCUUUGCUUGCUGCUUUUGAAGCGGAUGGAUGUAUGGUGAAAUUUAUUGGCCCUACGCUUGGUCCAAUCAAGGCUUCAAAUGGUCAGUCAUUCACCGCCGAAUUCACGUUCGAAGGCUGUCGCACUACCUUCUUUGACGCUAUUGUCUUCGUCGGCGGUCCCGAUGAUUCCUUCAUCGCGAAGCUCAAGAUUGGCCGACUUAUUCAUGCAGCAAGGGAGGCUUAUAUGCACCUUAAACCCAUUGGCGUACUUGGCAAUGCUACCCAAUGGAUGGUAAACACUUGCUUGCCUGGAGAUUUCAGCGAGAAGACCAAGACUGAGUCAAGUGUCGUUGUGGAAAACGGUGUCGUCUUCGCCCCUGGUGACCCAACCCUCCAUUCCAUUAAGUUUGCUAAGCAAUUCUUGGAGGGGGUCGCCCACCACCGUGUCUGGGACAGGCAAGUUGCGCACAUUGCUGCAUAGGCGGUUGAUUUCAAGAAUCGUUGUAUGUCCCAGUAUGACGAGUGUAGUACUAGUAUGCGUGUAUUGAGUUUAGUAAUAGUAUGCGUGUAUUGACUUUAGUAAUAGUAUGCGUG